CAUAUGGUGUGCCACAUCAACUACACCACAUACAAUGUGCAGUGUGCUCAAGAUACCAUCCAUGUUGGCAAGGGGCAGUGUGAUAUCAUGCUUCCCUCUGGGGAUGAUUCCAUGGACUCCCAUCCUUACUGGUAUGCCCAAGUGAUAUGCAUCUUUCAUGUCAACUUGACACACCAACCCACCAACAUUUGUACACCUCAACAGCAUGAUGUUCUCUUGGUCAGGUGGCUAGCACAAGAGGACACCAACUCAACUGGCUCUCAGCUUUUCCAGCCACUGGAUCGAGUGAGCUGGGUGUCUGGAGACAAUGAGGAUGGAAAUGGCUUUGUGGACCCAUCCUCAGUCAUCUGCUCAUGCCACUUGGUACCAUGUUUCAACAGUGGC